AGUCUGGUUUCCGCCAUGAAACCUACCGUAGCCUUGCUGCUACUGUCAUUCACACUCUUGUUUUCAUUGUUUUCGGCUUUUCAAUCCGACGAGCUUCUUGUGGACGAUGAACAAUUUGGUCUAGGAAAGCGCCCUUCCCCUGAACUCGACCUUUCGAUAUCAUCAUCGUCGCCUUCGAUUCCUUCUCGUUCACAUUCUCCUCCAAAACCCAUUCGGAAGAGGUCUGCAGAUUCUAAUUCGGAUUCUAGAGUUCAGUUCGCUCUAGAACACGCAUUUGGAGAUUCCGACGAUUUCUCUACCGCCGGCACUUUCACUGCUCGCCUCAAGACUUAUGGGGGACAUGGAACUCUUACAAAGCUUAGAUUCACAAGGAACGAUCUUAGCACAAUAGAGCAGGAGAAGUUCAAAAAACUACUAGAAAAUGAUGACUUCUACACGAUAAGGGUACCAUCAGACGUAUUAAAUCCUCCUGGCAGGGAUUAUGUUAUCUCCUCAGUAAAGGCGAGGUGUCUCCCAAAUGAUGGCUUGGAUGAGAAUUUUAUCAUACACAUGGAAGGUGUCAAUAUUUUGGCUGUUAAUUACGGUUCUCCUUGGGCUUGUGGAUAUCACCGGCAAUUGAGACUUCCUGCAAAGUGGUCCUUCAACUCUCAUGCAGUCUUAAAGUACAGUGAACAGGCACCAAGGAGGCCAAUGUUUUCUGAAGAUAUCGGUAGUGGUGAGAUGGGAGAGGAUGAAGGUGUAAAGCCACUAGAAAAGCCCUUCUGGGCUAAAUAUUGGAUGUACUUUAUUCCGCUUGUAAUUAUUGUGGUGAAUGCUUUCACCCAAGCAAUGAAUAUGCCUGAGGAACAAGCAAGUGCCCAAACACAGCAGCCAGUUGGUGCAGCCAUGCAAAGACGAUGAUGGCAGUUUUCAGGUUUAGC